GGUGACUGGAGUAAUUACAGGUGUUAAGCAGCAGUUUACUAAAAUCAUGGCUAAAUUACCAAACCUUGAUAGAUUGACAACAUCAACCCUGUCAUAUCUAGAUAAUGAUGACUUCAUGGAAAUUAUAAACAAACUGAUAGUAGAGAGAGAAAGUCUUCAAAGCAGUAUAAACCAGAAAGUUAUGGAGUUUAAUACUUGGAUAUCAGUUCUCCAGACAUCUACAAUGGAAGAAGCUAGAGAUUUAAUUGACAUGCUUCCUGAAACAUCUGUCUUAUCAGCAGAGGAGAUAGAACUCUUGUAUAAGUACAAGGCCCUCUCUAGGGAGGCUAAGGCAUAUUCUGCUGUUGAUUUCUGCAAUGCUUGCUUGACGGAGGAAGGAGAUUUGCUCUUGCAGUUCUCUUCACCAUUUCCCAUCGAAGGCACUUCAAACUUCUCUAUUUGGUUGAACACUAAUGAGAACAAUGAAUAUGGAGUAAAGUAUCAUAAUCUUCCAGACACCAUUCCUGUUGCUGAAUUACUUGAAAAGUACUCGAAAAAUGGCAAGGGUAAUGCUCUCAAAAAGUUUUCCACUGCCAUUAAACAGUAUCUGUGGCCUAUUUUCAACCGGGAAUACCAAGCACGUAAAUAUGAGAAGAGUGAUGCCAUGCCCGCAGGCAACUAUGUAUACCGCAAUGAAGAUUGUACACUGAUGUCAUUCAUUAUGCCAGUACAAGAAAACGAAAAGAGCGCCAUCUAUGAAUUUGUACUAAAAUAUCAGAUUUUGGACAUUCUACCAUAUGAAGUUAAAUUAUCUGUUAUCAAAAAAGAUGGGCCUUAUGCGAUACUUCAAAACGAGAUGAAAGAUUUAGCAGAAGAAAUGAAAGACAGGUCAUUUGCCGAAGCCCUUGCAGAGAGAUUAGGUACAAAAACGACACCCGAUGUAAGUGAAAACACUGAUCAAAGUUCUGAUACUCUAAACUUUGAAUUAUUUACAUAAGCCUGGUCAUGUUAUGAUGUACCUUAUAUAAUCAUACUUCAAAAGGACAGGAAGAGGUUCUUGAAGAAGGUACACCAAUGUAUGAAACACUUUUGGUAACAUUCACUUAAGCUGUAAGGUUCUUAUAUAUAAUUAUUCUUAUUUUUGUAUAUUUUAUACUGGAAAAUGUGUUGAGAAACCAUUAUUAUAUUAAAGUUAAUAGGUUAAGA